AUGGAUAUUAACAUGAUUGACUUGAUGGAUUUAGAAGAUUUGGACAUGCUGGAGACCACUCGGCGACCUGAUAGACAUCGACAUCGUGUGAAUCCGUUUGAAUUGAGUGACGAAGAUUUUAGGUAUAAGUAUAGGUUCUCAAAACGUUUCGGAGAAAAAAUAGUGGGUAUCUUACGUGAGGAUUUAGUGCACGACCCUCGAGGAUGCCCAUUGAGUCCUGAAAUUCAAGUGGUUUGUGCAUUACGCAACUGGGCUCGCCAUGAAAUUCAAGACGAUACAGCUGGUUUACAUAGUGUGUCUCAACCAGUAGUCAGUAGGACAUGUAAAAAAGUAGCGGAAAUUUUGUCACGGAAUUCCCGAGAAUUUAUUAAAAUGCCUACUACUUUAAAUGAACAACAGGAAACCAUUAGGAAAUUUCGCAGUAUUGCUAAUUUUCCUACAGUAAUUGGCGCAAUUGACUGUACUCACAUACGAGUAAAGAAAGUGAAUGCUGAUGGGGGUCAGUUAUAUAUUAAUAGAAAAGGAUUUUCUUCAAUUAAUGUACAGGUGGUUUGUGAUGCUGACCUGAAAAUCAUGGACAUUGUUACCAGGUGGCGUGGUAGUGUACAUGACUCCAGAAUAUUCUGA